GCGCUGCAAGGUUAGACUGUUAGUGCUGUUGUGAUGGAGGAAGAAUGAAAGUUUGCUCACGCUGCUCUUGUUUUGGUUUGCAUCGUGUUUCACUUUAGCUAGCCGAUUAGCUUACUGAAGCCCAGCCAUGUCUGCCAUGUGGCGGCGGCUGCAGGUGAAGGUGGGGCCGGCUCGUGGAUUACUCACCUCCACACAGGUUACACGUCGAUCCACAUGGCUGAACGGACAUCUGUCUCUGUGUCAAAGCUUUAGCACAGGCACAUCUCUACGAAAUGACUUCUUCAAAGAUCUGGAGACCCAUAUGGAAGCUAUGCGGAAGAAGGCGAUGGACGCGCUUCCUGGGAGCAGCUGGACUCCUCUGGAAAUCAACCCCAACCUUCCUCCAGAGAGGGCGGAUAUCGUGAUCGUGGGAGGCGGGGUGGUGGGCUGGUCCAUCGCCUACUGGCUGAAACAGAAGGAGAUGGUGCGCGGAGGGGUGCGGGUCCUGGUUGUGGAAAAGGACCCAACGUACUCCCAGGCCUCCACAGUGCUAUCUGCUGGGGGGAUCCGACAGCAGUUCUCCCUGCCGGAGAACAUCCACCUCUCCCUGGCCUCUGCCGACUUCAUAAGGAACAUCAAUGAGCAUCUCGGUGUGUUGAACGAAGACCCCAUAGACCUGCAGUUUAACCACUCGGGAUACCUCUUCCUGGCCAGUGAGGCGGUGGCUCACAUCAUGGAGGAGAACUACAGCACCCAAAGGUACGCUGGAGCCAAAGUGUCUCUUCUGUCUCCGACACAACUGAAGGAGAAGUUUCCGUGGGUAAACACAGAGGGUGUGGUUCUUGCUUCAUACGGGCUGGAGAAUGAGGGCUGGUUUGACCCAUGGACUCUGCUGAACGCCUUUAAGAGGAAGGCCAUCUCCAUGGGAGCCAUUCAGUGCUGUGGGGAAGUCACAGAAUUUAAAUAUACGACAAGCGUGAUAACGACAACUGAUGGAGAAAAGCUGGAUCUGAGGAGAAUAAAGUCAGUCAAAGUGCAGAUGCCACACAGCCUGGAGUACCAGCCAGUGGAGUGUGCUAUUGUGGUGAAUGCAGCAGGAGCCUUUUCUGGUAAACUGACCGAGAUGCUGGGAAUUGGCUUUGGCCCCAAGCAGUCCAUCGCUGGAAUCCCACUGCCUGUUGAGCCACGGAAAAGGUAUGUGUAUGUGGUCCGCUGUCCUGAUGGUCCCGGUCUAGACACUCCUUUCUUAAUCGAUUACUCAGGAGUUUACGUCAGGAGAGAGGGGUUAGGUGGGAACUACAUCACCGGGGCCUCGCCAGAGGAGGCGGCAGAGCCAGACGCCAGUAAUCUAGAGGUGGACCACAGUUUCUUUGAGGAGAAUGUCUGGCCUCAUUUGGCCUUUCGAGUUCCUGCUUUCGAGAAACUUAAGGUGACCAGUGCCUGGGCAGGUUUCUAUGACUACAACACCUUUGACCAGAACGCCAUCAUCGGUACGCACCCCCUGAUCAACAACAUGUACUUCGCCACGGGCUUCAGCGGCCAUGGCCUGCAGCACUCGCCUGCGGUGGGUCGCGCUGUGGCGGAGCUGAUUCUGGACGGAAACUAUAAAACGCUGGACCUGAGCGGCUUCAGUUUCAACCGGAUUCUGACGCAGGAACCAAAGCUGGAGAGGAACAUCGUGUAGCUGAGCCGAACCCUGAAAUCAUAUCUUUCACAUCCUGCCGAAGCCAAAUUAUUAUAACCUAAGUCUUAUUUUUGUAGCUGGAAACAUAACUUUAAUGACACAAAUUGAUUUAUAAGAUCUGGGUAGUAUAAUUUCUACAAUCCAGAUAAGCAAAAGCAAAACCUCAGUGAUUUAAGAAAAGGCCCGAAUACGGCACAUUUCCAGCCUUCAGGAGCUGCGGGAAUAAUGUCUCCUGACCAUUUGGGACUGCAAAGAGGUCAGAGUGGACAGAUGUCUCAGGUUAUUAUUAGACAUCCUGCCAGGUAGUGACAAAAUAAUGAAAGGGCCUUUUAAAAGAUUCGUCUUUAAAGAUUUUAACACAGUUCUCACAACAGCAGGUUCAGAGAACAUUUAUUUGGUUCUUUAAAUAAGAUUUUUCAUAGUGUGAUCUCUCUGAUGUGUCACUGAAAGACAUAAAUGAGUCCCGUAUCUUAAAGGUAUUUAUAUGUUGCUUUUUCUGAUGUGUAGCUGACGUGUGAUUUAGUUAUUAAAAUUAAAUUAUUUGGCUGUCACAGCCUCAAAUCUUCACUACACAAUUAUCACAGCCAAAUGGUGAUGAUAGCUGAUAUUGUUAAUCAAUUUUACAACUUUCUGUUGUAGUUUAUAAUCUGAUAAUAAGGAAAAAAUGUAUGUAUUAGUGAUCCCACUUUUUCAAUUUUAAAAAUUACAACAACAAAAAACAAAUAAAUUAGGGUAUUAAUGGAUGUUACCAAAAAUAAUGAGUCAGUAUGCCCUAAAUUUUACUUUUUCAGCCUGGAUUUUGAUACAUUUCUUAAAGAUUUGAAUUUUUUCCAAUUCUCAGGCACACAAAUUUUCAGAAAACACUAUUUAAGAUCUUAAAGACAUUAAACACAAAAAAGGCAAACAGUAAAACUGUUGCUCAGACUAUGUUAUAAACCAUAAUAGUAAAAGUGUCAUAUUUAAUAUAAUAACCCUGGAAAUGACUUCCUACAAGAUUUUGCUUCAGAUUCAGAGCACCUACUCUGCUCGGGGUCUUUCAUUUUGAAACUGACUGGCUCCUCUGUGCAUUUCAAUUUGGUAAACUAUCAAGCGUUGAAUUGAGUGGGCACCGUCAGCCGGUCACGUGGCCACGCCCCGCUUAUUGCUGUGAUGAGACCAAAGGUGUGGUGAACUGAAUUAUCCUUUAAUUUGGACUUUUUCCGUGCAUAUAGAACAUGUUUUAAAUCAAGAGUUUAAUUCUUUUAAAUGAUCAUUUGAUUUCAUUUAAUAAUGAACCUUACUGGCAGCACCAGUAUCUUUUAUUAGUCUGAUUUCAGAGGCAAUAAUGUUCCUUUCUAAAGAAAUCAGCAGGAGGAACCACUGAGAAUAAAGUGGAACUAAGAGAUGCUUCUUCAUUAGAAGACAAAAAAUAUGCAUGGAGGUGAGCCAGCAGCUGACUCACUCCUGAUACAGAGUAACAGGAAUAACUUCUGCUUUCCAGAUUUCCACUGAACUCGGCUGUUUGGUACCGUUACGCAGUCGGAACGUGCAAAUUUAGAGUGAAACAUCAUCAGAUGCAUAUGUGCUGUCCCAUGCAACGGUUUAACUGUGGUACUUUUAACAGCUUUGUAUACUUUUUGUGUAUUUUUCUAAUUUGAUCAAUAUACUGUAAUUGUGUUGUAUUGAUCAGUGUAAUUACAUUUUUAUCAGUAAGACAAUUUUUCAAGAAAAACGUGGAGUUGUUGCCUGACUUCCUGUUUCCUUCAUUUGUUGCCGCUGCUCCUCUUUUAAAUCUCCAGAAGGAAUAGGCAUAAAAAAGGUGCAGUGACUCAUUUAACUUUAGAAAGAAGAAAAGCUAAUUUUCCAAAUAACUAAUUAGUGACAGGAUCAUCGGAUUAUCCUGUGUAAGCUGAACUUUGCAGUUUCCAUGUCUUAAAAAACAUCAUUAAAAAAAUGUCUUUGACAAUCAUC